AUGAGCACAGCCUCAGCCCUUCCAGGCAUCAGCGGUUGGAGUUUCCCUUCUAUCUGGGGCGCUCGCGCUCUGAUUCUUUCCCACGGUUGCAAUCCGUGCCUUUCGGAAAGCUUGCCUCUGCCACCUUCCUACUCACGGUUCGUUGCUGCCGCUCAUGCCAUUGCUCAAGAAAGACGCACCCAGAGUGGGUUUAGCUCUCUUCCAUCCCAGUCCUCAAAUACAAGAUCAGCAUUUAAACCAGUAAUAGAUGGAUCUGUUCUUAAAAAUGAUAUAAAACAAAAAUUAGCAAAGGAGCGAAGAGAAGAAAAAAGAAGACAACAAGAUGCUACUAAAGAAAUACAACUACUUGAAAAAGAGAGAAAGUCCAAGAUCCAGUAUGAAAAACAGAUGGAAGAGAAACAGCGAAAGCUGCGAGAACAAAAACAGAAAGAUGAACAGCGGAGAAUAUCUGCAGAAGAAAAAAGAAAACAAAAAUUACAGGAAGAAAGGGAGAAAUUCAAAGCUGUUGUCUCUCGUACGUUGGAGCGGAGUAACCGUAUUGAACAACGUCAAAAACGAUGGUCAUGGGAAGGCUCUACAACAGUGAACUCUGAAAGUAAAAUGGUCAAGAAACGGUCUAUAUCUACUGAAAAACUUGAACAGGAGACUUCUGGGUCACACAAACAAAUGACUGUGUCAUCUUCUGGUUCUCAGAAUUCUAUUUCCAAGAUUCAGCAGCUGUACACCGAUCUUUGGGAGAAUGAUUUAAUCAUGCGCCUGAUCGCUCCAACCAAAGCAUCAAUAGCCAGGAGCAAAAGUACUGCUUCAUUAUCAAUCCCUGGAAAAGAUACUCCAGCCAUAGGCAUCCGCAACCCUGUAAUGCGGUAUGCAAACAUGCCCUUGCUUAGCCGGAGCAGUGAUGAAUUGAAGAAUCCAUUAGCACUCUGCAAGUCAGCAGUUGCAGUGCCUCCCCAGGAGAAAGGAGAAACACCCCUCAAGGUGAGCCUGGAACCACCUCCUGAGGGGAGCGUGGAAGCAGCUCCUGAAGCAAGUGUGGAAGUGGUCCCUGAGGUGAAUGUGGAAACACCAUUCAAGGUGAGCGUGGAAACAGCCCCCAAGGGGAGUGUGGAAACAUUCCCUGAAAUUACUGUGGAAUCGCUCCCCGAGAGCUUGGAAACAUCACCUGAGGGGAGCGAGGACGUGUCCCUCGUGAGUGUGGAUCCAUCCCCUGAGGUGAGCAUGGACUCGUCCUCUGAGGUGAGUUUGGACUCAUCCCCAGAGGGGAGCAUGGAAACGUCAUCCGAGGCACGCAUGGAAGUGUUCCACAAGGCGAACAUGGACGUGAUUCCUGAGGAAAGCUUGGAAACAGUCCUUGAGGAGAGCAUGGAAGUGCCCCUCGAGGCGAGUGUGGAAGCCUCCCCCGAGUCCAAGUCAUGCCCUGAGGUUAACGUGGAAACAUCUUCUGAGGAGAAAGUGACAGAUACUCCACAGAAAUCAAACCCUGUAAACAAGCACACAUCGACACAUAUGCCAUUGUCUAGAUGGCCAUCUUCAAGUGGACUGUGUUCACCCUCUCCCUUCAGUGCUAAGCAAAUCCAAAAGAAUCGCCUGCCAUCAAUUUCACCGGUCAUGUCAAAACAAUCAGCACAAUCUUCUCUUUGCUGUAAAAUGAUUCCUGUUCAGCAUACCUUAUGUGCACAAAAUGUAUUAGGUACUAUCAUAAGGAAAAAAGAAGCAACUUCUAAAACCACUGAAAGCUUUGAGGCUGUGAACCAAAAGCAUAUGACCUAUGAAGUGUCUGGUAACAAAAGCACACAAGGGAUUUUGAAUGCUGAGGAGGCAACAAAAAUUUUGGCAGCAAAACGACGCCUUGCUCGUGAGCACAGAGAAAAAGAAGAAAAACUACAAAAAGAAAUGGAACAAAGGAAAGAGAAAAAUGUGGCAAAGGAAGCAUUUGGAGGCCAAGAAGAGUUCUCAGAAUUUGACAGUGGACAGCAACAAAAGGAAAUGAAGAAAAAAGGAUGUCAGGAUCAAGAAAACCAGAAAGUGCUGUUACAGAAAGGAGACGCCAAUAUCAAAGCUCGGGAGGAGGCCGACAAACGCAGGAAGGAGCAGGAAAAAAUUAUGUUACAGAAUUUACAAGAAAGAUUAGAAAGAAAAAAGAGAAUUGAGGAAAUUAUGAAGAGGACAAGAAAGACAGAUUCGGAUGCCUCAAAGGAGGCACAGACAUCCAGCAGUGACACUUAUGAGGAGCAUGAGGCAGACGAUGAGGAUGAGUCAGAAAGUGACGACGCGGGUUCUUUUGAUGUCGCACAUCCGUCAGCCUUUAUAAAUGGCAUGAAUUCAUCCAGAAAACUCAAGACAAGUUUUAGAAAUGUGAAGAGCACCCCCAGGCUGUUGUUUUUAGAUGUCAAUUCUGACAAAGUCUAUGCGAAGCCAAAAGCAUCUUUAAAAAGUGACAUGAAAAACUUCAGACAGAAAGUGAAAGACCCUUUGGCUCAGGCCAAGGGUAUCAGGAUGUCCAUCAAAAGAAUGACCAACCAAGUAACAAAAACAGAAACCAGCAACACAGUGGUACCACCCCAAAAUUUACAUUCAGUGUCACAGGAAUGUAUGUGUGACCAGACACUAGAUACCACUAGCGAGAUCGAUCCACUCACGUCCAGUAUUCUUCCCGAUUGCCAAAAACAGCAUCCGAAAGGUUCCACAACAUUCCACCAAAGUCCCCAGACAGAAGUAGAAAAAUCUGAUUCUGCUUGACCAGAUAUGUGAACCUUGUGCAGCCUAGAAGAGAAUUUAUCCUGCACUCUGGAUUUCAGCUUCCAGGCCCAUCUCCCCAAAUUUCUCUGCCUUAGACUUAAACCAGGCAAAGAAAAUAAAUAUCCAAAAAACGAAAACACCAAAAAGUCAUUUUAACAGAUCUCAGAAAAUGCUCACUCAAGUCAUCUUUACACUUGCCCACAAGGAAGGGUUCUGAGUAGAGUUGUGCUGUUUUCCUGUAAAAAUCUCCAUUGUCUCUCGUUGUUGUAUUUUCCUGCCAACAAGUGUUUGAGUGUGCAUUGAAGGAGUGUUUAUAAAAUAGUAAUUCUUGAACUUCUAACAGAAUCUCUACUGAAAGAAUAAUUUUCUCUCAGUACAUAUUUGAGAUCUUAAUGUUUAUUCUGUUUAACAUUACAUCAAUUUAGAUCUUGUAGUGAACUUAAUAGGUUAUAUGAGGGACUCAAGAUUGCUCGCAAGAGCUGUUGGAUUGUUUCUAAUAUACCAACACCAAAGGUUGCAGCAUAGAGUAAAGCAUAUGUUACCAUUAUGUUUAUUUUUAACUCUGCCAGCUGAGUACACAGGCACUGUUACCCCCAAAUACUGGGAAUCCUAGAAAGUGUGAACUUGAAAUAGUUAGCAUCUUUUGUGCUCUUGUCAGUAUUUCCUUUUGGAGUACAUACUGGGGUUUAUCUACAAAAACGUAUUAUUUUUAUUGUGUACAUAAGGCAGUAUUUUGCUGUUCUCUGGUGGGGUAUGUUUAAUUCCUCUAAAUGUUUACUGUGUAUAAUCUUUUUCUGUUUGUGCCCUCCAGUCCUUCCCUUCAGUAUACACCCAGGCUUGGGAUAUGGAACCAAAAUUUGCUUGCCUUUUUCUAGCCACUGGCUGCGAGUACAGGAGCAGUUGUUAUUCCUCAGUCCUUGUGAUAGAUGGGCACACAGACAUACCCAUGUGCAGACAUGCGCGCACAUACAGGGUAUAUGUUUGCUGAAUUGCAUUGAAUCCUGGUUAAACCAUUGACUAAAACUUGAAUGCAAAUUAGUUGUCCUAAUGCUAGUGAGUUUUCUGGUGAGUCACAAAUAGUUUGAAGCACACCCACGUUCCAUUCCAGUCACCAGCCUUGAAUUAGUAAAAGGAAGUAAUUAUCCUUUCUCGUCCCUUAGCUCUGUGCUAUUUAGAGUACUAUAACUUUGUUACAGGUUAGAGCUUGGUGCCUUAGAUUUUACAACUAUUUUUAAUGCUAGUUCUUUCAUAUAGAAGGCAGACAAUCAUCCUAAAACAUUUUUGAUAUUUUUCUGCACAAAUGUCACCUGUUGAAACACUCUGUUAUACCUCCAUAUAAAUGUGUGCUCUGUGAAAUAAACUUUGCAGAUAAAGCCAAA